ACACCCCUGGCCCAGCGCCUGAUGAUGCAGGAGAGCUCCCUGGCCCAGUUUGCCCUGCAGAGCGCUGCCUCCCUUCCGGCCAUCACGCUGGGCUUGCCGGCUACCACUAGCGCCAGGGGAGAGGCUGAUCGCCGCCCCAUCUCCAGCCUGGCACACCGGGUGCCUGUGCUGAACGGGCCUGUCCUCGCGGGCACCCACUCGCCCAUGUUCAUCCCCACGGGCUUGGAGCAACACGAGGCUGGGAGCCCCCUGUCCCCUCGGCCCAUCCUCGAGCCCUCGGUCACCCACGCUCCACUGGUGGCGGUGCCUGGCCUGGGGACGGUCCCCUUCUCCUUCGCCCCCUCGCUCAUCUCUGCAGAGCGCCUGUCGCUGCCGGGCCACCAUAAACCGCUGGGCAGGACCCGCUCAGAGCCCCUGCCCCAAAACCCCAAGGUCAUCCAGCAGCAACUGGUGUACCAGCAGCAUCACACCCAGUUCCUGGAGAGGCUCAAGCAGCAGACGCAUCUGGGCAAGCGCAUGGCUAAAUCCAGUGAGAAGCCCCGUCUGCGGCAGAUCCCCUCCUCGGAGGACAUGGAGGCCGAGGGGGCGCUCCCGGAGGCCGGCGCUGACAACAGUGACGCGGCGAGGGCGCGCCUGGAGCCCACCCGGCCGGGGAGCGGCGUCAAGGAGCCCGAGAGGACGCAGAAGAUGCUGCAGCCUCAAGAGGAGCUGGUCUUGCAGCAGGCCUACCUCUGGGAUUCCUACCAGCGCGCGCAGCAGCAGCUCCUCAAGCGACCGCCCUUGGCCGACUCCUCCAUGGUCCCCGCCAUCCACGGGGGGCACAGGCCUCUCUCCAGGGCUCAGUCAUCUCCCGCCACCGCCACCAUCUCUCUCCCUGCCCAGGACACGGCCUCCAAAAGCCUCUCCCUGCCCGUGCAGGAGCAGCCGGCCAAGCCACACUUCACAACAGGGCUGGUUUACGACUCGGUGAUGCUCAAACACCAGUGCUCCUGCGGCGACAACAGCAACCACCCCGAGCACGCGGGCAGAAUCCAGAGCAUCUGGUCCCGGCUGCAGGAGAGGGGGCUCCGCAGCCAGUGCGAGUGUCUGCGGGGACGCAAGGCCACGCUGGAGGAGCUGCAGUGCGUCCACACCGAGCGCCACGUCUUCCUCUAUGGCACCAAUCCCCUCAACCGCCUGAAGCUGGACAACGGGAAGCUGGCGGGGAUCCUGUCUCAGAGGAUGUUCGUCAUGCUGCCCUGCGGAGGGGUGGGGGUGGACAGCGAUACCAUCUGGAACGAGCUGCACUCCUCCAACGCUGCCCGCUGGGCCGCCGGCAGCGUCACCGAGCUGGCCUUCAAGGUGGCCACCAGGGAGCUGAAGAACGGCUUCGCUGUGGUGCGGCCGCCCGGACACCACGCGGAUCCCUCCACUGCCAUGGGAUUUUGCUUCUUUAACUCGGUGGCCAUUGCUGCCAGGCAGCUGCAGCAGAAAGGGAAGCUCAGCAAGAUCCUCAUUGUGGACUGGGAUGUUCACCACGGCAAUGGGACCCAGCAGAUCUUCUACAGAGACCCCGACGUCCUCUACAUCUCUUUGCACCGUCACGACGAUGGCAAUUUCUUCCCUGGCAGCGGGGCUGCCGACGAGGUUGGCGCUGGCCCUGGGGAGGGAUUUAACGUCAACGUAGCCUGGACUGGAGGCCUUGACCCCCCCAUGGGGGACCCCGAGUACCUGGCAGCUUUCAGGACGGUGGUGAUGCCGAUUGCACACGAAUUCUCCCCCGACGUGGUGCUGGUGUCUGCUGGCUUCGACGCAGCCGAUGGCCACCCCCCACCCCUGGGUGGCUACAAAGUCUCUGCUAAAUGUUUUGGCUACAUGACAAAGAAGCUGAUGAGCCUGGCUGGCGGACCCACCCCCCUUCCCCUGGUGACCCCCUGUGUCUUCCUUGGGCAGCCGGAGCCUCUCCCAGAAGAAAGCUUGAGGCAGAAACCGAACCCCAACGCUGUGCGCUCCUUGGAGGCGGUGAUCCAGGUCCAGAGUAAAUACUGGGUGGCCGUGCAGCGCUUUGCCUCCAAACUGGGCUGCUCCUUCCUGGAGGCACAGCACCACGAGGCCGAAGAGGUGGAGACGGUCACAGCCUUGGCCUCCCUCUCGGUGGCCGUGAUGGUGGAGAAGAGGCCACCAGAGGAGCCAAUGGAGGAGGAGGAGCCCAUGAACCAGUGA